AUGGCAGAUGUAAAGCCCGCUGUGCUCAUCUUCAUCUGUUUCAUGCUGCUUCACGAUUUUGUAGCAGCAUUGAACUGCACCAACCCGACUCCUGAAUCUUUGUUCGGUGCACUUGAGAAGAAUUUAUUCCCUAAAAAACUACUACGACCUGUAAAAAGCUUUUCAAUUCCAAUUAACAUAACCAUCGGUAUCACUGUGGUGGGAAUAAUAGGAGUGAAUGAAAAAUCCCAGACCAUGACAACACUCAUUUGGCAAGUUCUGGAGUGGGAUAUCGAAGGACUGAGCUGGGAUGAGGAGGAAUGUGGAACUAAAAGAGUCUCUGUCCCUCGAGAACUGCUUUGGGUCCCAGACGUCCAUAUCGCAGAGUUCAUGGACGAGGACAAUUCUCCCCAAACUCCGUAUGUCUACUUAUACAACACAGGUCAUGUUUAUGAUGAUAAGCCGAUCAGAGUGGUCAGCUCCUGCCGAUUAGUAAUCUAUACCUUUCCCUUCGAUGUCCAAAACUGCACUCUGACCUUUGGAUCAUAUCUACAUUUUGCUGCAGACAUAAGGAUGAUUCAAGGCGCCACAUCUGAAGAGAUCCUGGAGGAGUCCCAAGAUGUGUUGGAGACCAACGGGGAGUGGGAGCUCGCAGGUAUCAGUGUAAUUCCUUCUACCCUGGAUUUAGAGGAGGGAAGCUUCUCUGAGAUUGAAUACUACAUCCUUCUGAGACGUAGGCCACUCCUCUACGUGGUGAACCUCCUGAUCCCUAGCUGCUUCCUCGUCACAGUGGACCUCUUCAGCUUCAUGCUGCCUCCCCAUAGCGUGGACCGUUCCUCCUUCAAGAUGACCCUCAUCCUGGGCUACACCGUCUUCCUGCUCAUCAUGAACGAUUUGCUGCCUGUCACUGGGGAGACAACACCUCUCAUCAACGUUUUCUUCUCCAUCAGUCUCGCUCUGAUGGUGGCCAGCCUGUUGGAGACCGUGUUUAUCACUAAUAUCCAGUACAGCUCCAGCCAGUACAGUGCGGUGCCUCACUGGCUCAGUGUCCUCGUGCUACGAUAUCUAGCUGUUGUAGUUUGUCUCCCUCGAAAGACAAAGAGCAACCGAAAAACUGUCUUCCUCAACCCAUCUGCUACAGAAACAGCAAAAAUUUUGAGCAUCACCAACAUCUCAGCGAUUGAUCUUCAGCGCGUCACUGGUGAUACACCUCCUGAGAAACCCUCUCCGACCCCUCCGGAGCCGGCCCUGGAGGAACUGAGGAAACUGAGCAGAGAUCUCAUAGCCAUCCGCCUCCAGAUGGACAAACAUUUCCAGGGGAGCAAAACUUCGCAGGAAUGGCAAAUGAUCGGGAUAGUCAUCGACCGCCUGCUGUUCGGCUGGUACAUUGUCUUCAUCCUUGUCAGCUUCAUCACCAUCAUAUGUAUCUGGACCUGGAACAACUCGUAUGCAGCAUGAUAUAACUAGAGGGUUAAAAACCCUGAAACGUUGGUAGAACUGUAUUUGUCAGAGUAACUGCUGUUGCUCUUUUGAGUCAAAUUUUUAACAAGAACCUGAAAGGUUUUUAG